AUGACCACGCCGGAGAAAAAGUCCAGGCGCUCCUUAACGCUGGAGAUAAAAAUUCAAAUCCUCGAUUGCCUUGCUCAAGGUGCUACUCCGGCAGUGUUUAGCAGGAAGUUCGGUCUUAAUGACGCUACAGUGAGGACAGUAAAAAAGAACGAAAAAAGAAUCCGUGAUUCAGUGGCAUCUGGAACUGAUUUGUCAGCAAAAAAAUCUUCUUACGCUCGUGAUCCCGUAAUAGAAAAGAUGGAAAAGCGCUCAGAACCAUCUUCGAGUGAUGGAAUCAAAUCUUUUAGCGCUAGUGCCGGUUGGUUUUCUGGUUUUCUUAAGCGCUAUUCUCUCCACAACGUUAAGCUCCGGGGAGAAAGCGCUUCAGCAGAUGAAACCGCCGCAAGAAAUUAUCCGGCAGAAUUGGCUUCCAUAAUUCGGGAGGGAGGCUACAAUGCCCACCAGGUUUUCAACGCGGAUGGAUCAGGUCUGUUCUGGAAACGCAUACCGACUAGAACCUAUUUGGCCAAAAUCGAUAAAUCGACAAACAGGUUGAAAGCUGCGAAGGAAAGAAUUACGCUUCUUUUUUGCGCUAAUGCAUCGGGAGAUCAUCUUUUUAAGCCACUUUUGAUCAAUCGAUCUUUGCGUCCUCGUGCCUUAAAGGGCAUGGAUUAUGAUCAGCUUCCGGUACAUUGGUUAGCUAACCAAAAAGCAUGGGUCACGCAAGCCGUUUUUAGACAGUGGUUCGAGGAAAUGUUCAUCCCUGAAGCUCAAGCCUAUUUGGAGACAAAGGGAGAAGAGUUUCAUGCUUUUCUAAUUGUGGACAACGUCCCAGGUCAUCCUCCGCUGGAAUAUCCGAAUGUGAAAGUGAUAUUUUUACCACCAAACACAACAUCGUUGAUCCAGCCCCUCGACCAGGGAAUAAUAGCUAACUUCAAGAAACUUUACAUAGGCAGGACGAUGCGAUUUAUUUUGGAAGCGAUCGAAAAGGAUCCGACACUGACCGUUCCAGAAGCUUGGAAAACUUUCACUAUGAAAGAAUGCUUGGAGCAAAUUGGAGCGGCUCUUCUAGACAUCAAACCAUCGACUCUUAACGCUUGCUGGCGAUCUCUUUGGCCUGAGUGUGUGCAAUCAACCGAUGUGCAGCAGGUAAACCACACGUCGGAAAUUAUUUUCCUGGCUCAUGUCAUCGGUGGCGAAGGCUUCGACGAUAUGGCUGAAGAGGAUGUUUGCGAAUUGUUACAGGAACCAGUGCUUGGGGAUGAGGAUCUUAUAGAGAUGCUGCUAACUGAACCAGAAGAAAUUGCUGAUGAGGUUUCCGUUCCAGAAUUGACUUCUGAAAAGCUGGAAGAAGGUUUCAGACUGGCAGAGCAGAAAGCAAAAACGAUCCACGCAGUGUUGGCCGAAAAUAGGAGUGGUGAAAGUUCAGAAGAAGAGCUGUUUAUCGGUGCUCUGGAAGCCUUGGAUGAAGGAGAGGAUUGGUUCGAAACAGUGAAAGUUAAUAUCAGCAAAGUUUCGGUGAAAUUAGAUACUGGUGCCCACUGCAAUGUUCUCCCACUUUGGAUGGUAGAGAAAUUAGACCUGUUGCCGCUAAAACUCUCGCCAACAAAGUGGUUGCUGACGUUCUCCAAUCACAAGAUGCUAGUUCUAGGGGAAGUUGACCCAGUUUGCACCGUAAAGCAAAAGCAGACCCGGAUUACGUUCAAAGUGGUCGAGGAACGAGUGAUACCAUUACUCGGUAGGAAAACAUGCAUAGCACAGAAUCUGAUAACUCGAAUCGACUCUCUCGAGAUAGAUGACGUCGAGGUGUACGAUGGUCUUGGUUGUUUGAAAUAUAUGACAUCGACCUAG